AUGGAAAGUGAAAGAAUACAAAGAAAUAAAAUACAAAAUCAACAAGAUGAAAAAGAUGAUAGUGGAAUUGAACAAGAUAAUAGUUUUAUUUAUAUAAGAAUUUCAGUUGAAGAUCUUCAUUUACAGAAAGUCUUAAAAUUCAAUUUGGAUGAUACAGUAUGGUGUGCUAAACAAAAAGUUUUACAAGUUCUUAUUCGAGAAUUAACUGAUAGUUUAAAUUUUGGUUUAUAUUUACCACCAUGUAAUGGUCGAGCUGGAAAAUUUCUUGAUGAAUCACGUUGUUUAAGAGAAUAUCCAUUAAGUGGACCUGUUAGUUAUCUUGAGUUUAAAUAUAAACGACGUGUUUAUAAAGCAAUUCAUCUUGUACAAAAAAAUAUAAAUUUAAAAAUAAAUGUUAAAAAAUUUAUUGAAUCUGUUCGAACAAAUCAAAUUUCUAAAGUAUCAAGAUAUUUAGAAAAAGGUUUCGAUCCAAAUUUUCACAUCUCUGAUGAUGAAACACCAUUAUCAAGUGCAUGUAUUGAUCUACUUGAACCUCGAUCAAUGAUAAUGACAUUAGUUAAUGGUGGUGCUCAUUUAGAUUUUCGAAUACGUAAUGGAGGUUUAACACCUCUUCAUCAAUCAGCUAUAUAUAAUCGAAAAGAAGCUAUUGUAACAUUACUUGAACUUGGAGCAUCUCCAAAUAUUUAUGAUGAAAAAAUGUUAACACCUUUAUAUCAUUCAAUAAUAAAUAAACAAGUUGAAACAAAUAUUGAUUCAUCUUAUUGUUGUUUAUUAUUAUUACAAGAUCAUUCAAUAGUUAAUUGUCAUGAUGAAAGUUUAUCAACUGAAUUACAUCAAGCAUGUCGUCUUGGUCUUGUUCAACAUAUUGAACAUUUACUUUUUUAUCGUGCUGAUAUAAAUGCAAUUAAUAUUGGAGGAAAUACACCUUUACAUAUUUGUGCAGCAACCAAUCAGGAAGCUUGUGCUCGUGUAUUACUUUUUCGUGGUGCUGAUAUAAAUAUUGUAAAUAAAACAAAUAAAACAGCAUAUGAACUUGCAUUAGUUUCACAAAAUCAUUCCAUUGCAUCAUUAAUUGAAACACAUAAAUCUGAACACGUUGUACCAUUUCGUGAUACACCAUUAAUUAAUCCUAAACGUCGUUCAAUUUAUAUUGAACAACAACGAAAUAAACAUCGUGCACGUUCAUCAUCAAAUACAACACCAUUAUCAUCAUCAUCAACAAAUCGAUCACAAAGUAUGCCCAAAUUUAAUUCAAAUAAUUCAACACGACGAAGUCAAUCACCAAUAACAACACCAACUAUUGAACAUUAUUUUCAACAACAACAUCCAUCAAGUCGAUCAUCAUCACCCAAAUCAUUUAGUGUUAAUAGUGAUCAUGGAUUUGGAAGUGAAUGUGCAUCACAUUUAUCUUCGAGUUCUCCAAAUGCACCGAAUGGUUCUUAUACAUAUAAAAGAAAACGUUUAUAUGCAGCAGCACCAGGAAGAAAAUGUAUGUGUAUUAAAUCUUAUCGAACAAAUUUACCUGGAGAAUUAUUAUUAAAAAAAGGAGAUAUUGUAGAAAUUUUAAGUGUUGGUGAACAAGGAUAUUUAGAAGGAAAAUGUAAAGAUAUUGAAGGAUGGUUUCCAAGUAAUCAUGUUCAAGAUAUUUGUGUUUUUAAAAAUGGUGAAAUGAUCAAUGAUGAUACAAUCGUUAUAAGUCGUGAUGCUCUAUCAGCUUUAAUGAUAAAUAAUGAUGCAUAUAGUCCACGUACAAUUGUUUUACAACGAGGAAAAAAAGGUUUUGGAUUUGUUCUUCGAGGUUCUCGAGUUGCAGGAAAGUUAUUUCAACCAAGUCCAUCAUUUCCCGCGUUACAAUUUCUUGAUAGUAUAGAAAAAGGUAGUAAUGCUGAUAAAGCUGGUCUUAAACAAAAUGAUUAUGUUCUUGAAAUUAAUGAUAUCAAUGUUAUAUCAAUGCCACAUGAAGAAUGUGUUAAUUUAAUAAAACGAGCAGGAGAUACAUUAGCAUUAAAAGUUAUAACAGCGAAUACAUCUCAUUAUCAACAAUUAGAUUCACCUACAAUUCAAAAUAAUAAUAAUAAUUGUUCGCAAUCAUUACCUUAUCGUCGAAAAGCACCACUUCGGCCAGGUCUUGAACAACAAUUUAAUGAAGAUCUUGAUCGAGCAUUAUGUGAAUAUGAUUAUGGUAGUAUAAGUGUUCCAUCAUCAAAUAAUUGUGAAGAUUAUAUAUCAAUGUCAAAACAAGUCAAUGAAAAUCUUUCAAAUGGUGGUAAUAAUUCCAUUUAUAUAAAAAAUAAACCGUUAGUUCCCGAACGUGAUUCUUCUCUCUAUGAAUGUUUUCCAUCAUCUCAAAAUCCACAAGGAUAUAAUACAUUACGAUCAUUAAAUCGUGGAUCACCAUCAACAACAAGUGUACCUAUUUUAUCAACAACAAAUGUUCGAUGUAAUUCAAAUUCAUCAUCAAAUGAAGCUGAUGAAGAAUCAUCAUUAUCAUCUAUGAACAGUAAUCAUGUUCUACCAACAACGGAAGAAAAUAAUAGUACAAUUUAUAUGAAUCCUUUAUCUUUAAAUUCAACAAAUAUGUCAACUUUUAAAACAAUUAAUACAAAUAUUUUACCAUCAAAACCAAGUGAUAUUAAAAAACGAUCAAAUAAUCGAAAACAAAUUUAUGCAACACUUAAUUCAAAUAAUAGCAAUAAUAAUACUACUUCAUCAAUUAUUCUAGAGAAUGAAGUAACUUCGACGGCGCCACCACCACCGCCUCCAUUUCCUACUACUUUUGAUUCAUCAAAUGAACCUAUACGUCUGAUUCCAAUAAAAUCUGAACCGAUAAAAACACUAACAUCCGAUUUUCAAACACAAAUUGAACAAGCAAAAACUCGUUUGAAAAAAAUUCAAAGUGAAUCAUCAUCAUCACCAAAGAAAACAACAAUGAUUAAAUCAUCUCAUCAGGAAAAUUCAAAUAAAACUCGUUUACCUUCAUCUUAUUAUGCAGGUGAAUUAAAAAACAUUGUCAUCGAAGAUAUAACUCCUUCAAAUGGCUUUCCUCCUCCACCAUCACCAACGACACUUCAUCGUUCGUCUCCACCAAAUGUAACAUUAUCAUCUUCAUCAUCGUCUUCAUCUUCAUCUCAACGAAAUUCAACCUUGAUGGAUCCAAGAUUAGAUACAAAUUUUUCUGCUGUUAUUGCACAACGUGCUGCAGAAGCAAAAGCUCGUCGUCAUGAAAAUCCAUCUACACUUGAAUUUAGUUCAAAUGGUUUACCACCAUCAACAACUUUUUUUAAUAAUUGUGUUACAACAAAUGGUGUUCCACAAAAUUUAACAUCAAAUGGUUCAUCAUGUCCACAACGAUUUAGUGCAACAGCAAAUCAAUUACUCGAGAAUCUAAAACGUCGUGGUGGUAGUACAUCAUCGAUUGGUUCUCUAGUUAAACAUUAUAAUCAACAACAAUCUACAUAA